AUGCACGGGCCUCUGGGGUUACCUGGCCCGAGCGGUCGUGACGGUCGCGAUGGGAUUCCAUGUCCUGCCGAGCCACCGGGACCUCCUGGCCCGCCCGGUCCCGAGGGCUCACCCGGUCCCGAGGGCCCACCCGGUCCCGAGGGUCCGACCGGUCCCGAGAGCCCACCCGGAUCCAACGGGUCAGACGGCCGGAACGGCAGUGACGGACUCCCUAGACCACCCGGAAGCUGUAAUUGUUCCGGUAACGAUGUCAGCCCGGUUACAGAUUGUGACGACGUCUACAAGGCAGGCCACACCACCAGCGGUGUCUACACCAUCCAGCCAGACGAUUUCGGGGCCGCGUUUCGGGUCUACUGUGAGAUGAAAGCCGGAGUCGGCGGCUGGACUGUCCUCCAGAAGCGCUUCGACGGUUCCGUAGAUUUUGCUAAUGACUGGAAAACUUACAAAAAUGGGUUUGGGGACCUCAGUGGUGAGUUUUGGCUGGGAAACGACAAAAUCUAUCAGAUCUCUAACGAGAAGGUAUACCUUCUGCGCAUUGAUCUGAAGAAUUGGUCCUCAGAAACGGUAUAUGGUGAAUAUGAUAGGUUCUAUAUCGAGGAUGAAGCAGCAAAGUACCGUCUGCAUGUUGGUGCCUAUAGCGGCACUGCUGGGGAUGGUGGGUACGGGUUGAGCUACAAUGAUGGUCACAGAUUCUCAACACACGACCAGGAUAACGACGAUAUUUCGGGCGUUGACUGCGCAACUAGCCUUGGCGGUCGUGGUGGUUGGUGGUAUGGUGCUUGUGAAUGGGUUAACCUGAACCAGCCGUACAAGCAUGGCGGCGGGGGGGAUAAUCAAAAUGGUAUAGAAUGGUAUGCGUGGUCAGCUCACCGGUACUCCAUCAAGUCUUCUUUCAUGAAGAUCAGGCCUGCUCCUUAG